GACGGAUUCUGGGUUUUAUUUCUACCGAGUCGUAUAUACACACACGAAACGAACCCUUGGAUUUGAGCAACUACAACCUGUAAACUCAGUUGCAGUUAUAGCACGAGCGGCCCAAUAAGGCAGUUUUGGCAAAUAAAGGAUAUAUUGCGGUAUAAGCACACCACUAUAUAUGCAAGUAUAGAAGCAAACAGUGAUGAGGGAAACGCGAAAGUGCCUAUGCGCCACCUACCGUCACCAGUCAGAAACACGUAUAGGAAACAGGACAGGCUGUCAGGCAAAAUUGAUCUUUUGAAUCAUUUUCUUCCCCGAUUUUUAAGAGCAAUAGACGUUUAUAGAUCAAUGCCAAUGAAAUUGCUCAAUAUUUUUAGAGCGCAGUUUAUCGCGAUUGGCUUUACGAGUACUCGCAGAUAAAGCUCGCGGUUAUUUGUGUGUGACUCAUUUUUUUCCUCUCGGUUUUUAUGGAUGAAUAUGAGCAUAGAGUCGUGAUUAUUAAUAAUAUAUUUCUUGGCACGCGAGCUUAUCGUAAACAACUAUAAUAUAAGCGCAGUACAGUUUCCUGCGCUGCGAGCAAUGGGUGCUUUAAAAAACACUUACAUUAGUCAACGCAAUAAUUACUUGGUGUAAUCUGCUCACGAUGUAGAUUACGAGUACAACAGACUCGGUCAAAAAUAAGUUGUAAAUCUUACUUCGACACUACGCGGAUUAGACGACUCGAUUAUUCACUUCAGUUCUCGAAAACAUAUAUGCGAAAGGUCGAAUCGAGUAACUUUUUUUUCACGUUUCGUAAUACCGGAAAUUAAAGCGCGUUUGAACUAUUUUAAAUAGGUUUUCCCCAACACGACACACGAUCAUGUAUUUCAGAAAACCUUUUUUAUAUACAGAAUGAAUAAAAAAUUACGAACGGCGCAACGGCUUUUCGACGAACCACACAAAGGGCAUCCUUGGAAUUUUGAGACGAAUUAUAAUGAAGGUGGGGCGUAAGGAACUGAUUUAUUCAAUAGCGCUGGCCAUUAUACACGACGACAAGUGAUUUUGGUAUAUAAGAUGUUGCCGGAUCAUGGGAUUUCAUUAGUUUCGUUCGAGUCUUCGGACACGAGAGAUCAGUGUUAAACAGAUUUACAUUUAAUCGCCGGCAGCAAGUAUGGCUUCUUUGAAGUGCUUUGUUCCCUUGAUGCUCUGCGUCCUGCUCGCCACUCUUUGCAUCGCUUCGGCUAAGCCGAUUGGCGAAGAAUCCGAUAAAAAGUCAAUCAAAACUGCAUUAUCUGAUGAAGCUAUUAAGGCAAAGUUGACCGCACAACUGGAAGAACUGGAAAAGGAUGUUGACGAUUUCCUUAAGAAAAUCGACGAGCUGGACUCUGAACUGGAUGAGAUCACAGCUAUCCCAGAUAUCCAAAAAGGAGAGUCGGAGACUGCUACUGAGCAUAUAGCAAAGAAGCCAGAGGAGCAAAAUCCUACAGAACCAUCCGUUUAGUAAAAUUCACGUUCUUUAAAUUAUAUUCUGGACCUAUAUCUCAAAACAGGACUUGACAACGCAGAAGAAUAAGCCACACGAUUAUUAUGUUUGAAAUCACAAAUAUUUGUACUCUAUAUCACGCACAUUAAAGCUCUUUUUCGAGUA